GCGUCCUUAACGUUCGACGCGUUUUGCCAUAUCUUAGCGCUCAGCCCGAUCUGGAUUGGAAUAUAUAUCCCCCCACACCACAGGCCUUCCCUUACUAAAUUUCUCUCCUCACUUCGGUGCUGCAAUUUUGUGAAUUUCUUAUCGUGUCUACCGUAGAAUCCGAAUCAUCGGCUUUUUGCCUGAUAGAUGGGAGGUGGAAAGGACAAGCAUGAUGAAUCUGACAAAGGAAUUUUUUCACACCUAGCUCAUGCAGCUGCUCAUGGUACACAUGGGUAUCCUCCUGGAGCCUACCCUCCACAACCAGGAGCAUACCCUCCACAUGGGUAUCCACCUCAGCAAGGUUAUCCCCCAGCGGGGUAUCCACCUCAGCAAGGUUAUCCCCCAGCGGGGUAUCCAUCUCAGCAAGGUUACCCACCAGCUGGGUAUCCUCCGGCUGGUUAUCCUGGUCCAUCUGCACCAGGUCAUAGUCAUGGUCAUGGCAUGGGAGCUAUGCUUGCUGGGGGUGCUGCACUUGCAGGUGCUGCAUACGGUGCUCACCAUAUUUCACAUGGCGGUCACCUUGCACAUGGUGGUCACAUGGGUCACAUGGGUCACAUGGGUCAUGGUAAAUUCAAGCACCAUGGCAAGUUCAAGCAUGGAAAGUUUGGAAAACAUGGGAAACACGGCAAGCAUGGUGGAUUUGGGUUCAAGAAGUGGAAGUGAUCUCAUGUCUCUCAGACAUUUUCUCCAGUACUACUGCCUUCGAUUUUAUAAAUAAGCCAUACUUUUAAGUCGGCCUAUUUCUUGGCUCGGCCCCCCCUUUUUUGCUUUUUUGGGAUUUGAUAGCCUUGGCUAUAUAUAAAUAUAUGACCCAUGUGUUCUAGCCUAGAUUCUGGAAUCUGAACAGCAUGAAUCAUAGAUUUGUAAGUCUGGAUUCUUUUCUGCAGCGAAAAACAUACUAAAGCCAAGGCUUUUUUUUUUUU